UAUACACCAUUUAGAGCAAGUUACGUAACCAUUAAACGGGGAGUAGUUAAUUAAUUGCGUUCGUUAACUUUCCACAGUUGUUCCUAAGUGUUAGCUGACGUGGCUGACAAGUUUUACAUGCCGUUAUGAAUGCAAGGCCAUACUUCUCGAUAGCAGGGGCCUCGUCCCCUGCAGGGUAUGCUGCUGAUAUUCAAUACUAUUAUUAUUAGAGCCGCACAAUGUGUAUGGUCUUUGUAUUGUACAGUGGCCAUUUAUCUCUGUCUUUCUUGGUGGCAUCUCUCUCUGAUUCGCGAGGCAGCUUUACCUGAGGGGACGGACUUACUGUAUUUAUUUUUAGACCGUGUACGGAUCAUCGCACCGAACCUCGCACAACUAAACACUUAUUAUAAGCACUUGAUAAAUAUUUGUGGCGCGGACACACCGUAGGGACAUUCCUGACAGUUACUCGGCUGUGGCGAGGACGAGGCCCUGGCUGCUAACCCAGAGGCUAGCAGCCAGGCUGUAUUCAGAGGCAUUGCAGGAAGGCACGAUUGUUUUCGACGUGUCGUGGGCGUGUGGUGAUGCGGAGGCGAGCGGCCGCGACCGGCCGGCGCGGCUGCGUUCGAGGAAUGAUCGUGAUCGCGGCGUGGAGCCCGCGGCGCGAGGGGGCGCUGCGGGCCUGGAGGGGGCCGCCGCCGCGCCCGCCGCCGCAUACCAGCCCACCAGUCGUCGCCCCGACACACACGGACAAAGGAACAUCGAACAUUAUUCAACCUCACCCGGGCAUAUUGCAGACGCACUAUGUCCCGCCAAACUAUCGUGCUAACGUGUCCACUGUCAGUGCUUACCGACUGAUUCUAUAACAUUUGUAGUUCGUUUUGUUAAUAAUAAGCUGCUUAUUCGGACUAAGGAAUAGCGGCGACGUCCAAGCAAUGGCCGCUUCUUGUUCUCAAGAAUUAGGAUAACUUAACAAUGAUUUCGUUUCAAAGGCCUCAAAAUGGAGUCGGCCUACGACUCGAAGUUCGAGGAGAUGAAGAAGUACAUUCCGUUCCUGGAGAGCAUGAUUAGACGCCUGGAGAGCACCGGCUCGGGCGCCGCCAACCCGCGGCAGGCACAGCUCUCCAAGAUCAAGGCUUUGAGGGACCUACUGUCUGAUAAAAGUAAAAGGAUGAAAAUGGAGAAUCUACUCAAAUGUGAGCAGGUCCUCUUGAAUUUGUACGCCAAGGUCGAACAGAGGGACACGUUGCCUGGCAUCGAGAAGGCUCCGCAAUCGAUCUCACCGUCUAGAAAUAAGGAUCCGUCUGCUAAUUUAGAUAAAGCGCGACAAAAGCUGAAGGCUACGUCGAUAUCUCAAGACAAUACAGACGAUACUCUACCAGAAAUAGCGCGGGCGAACCAGUCUGAAGUGUACUGCUCCCCGGGGAGCAAGGAGCCGGCCUUAUUCCAGCGGCGCCCGCACCGCGCGGGGUCACCCGGCCCGCCGCCCGACGCGCACGCGCCGCUGUCGAAACGCAACUACACCCGCGUACUCGUCUCUCCGCCGCGAAACACCACCGACCGGUGGUCCGCAUCCCGCGACCGAACUCCCGAAAAUCAGCUCUUUCAGCGAAGAUCUCCUAAAAAAACCCCAAAGAAGACUCCACCGUUCCAUAAAAAGGAACGCAAAAAAAGACGCGAUUCGGAUCGUAGUCGAAAGAACAGUCGUUCGGAGAAAAACCUUAACAUAACGCUUAAAGUACCAGAAGAAAGCUUGGAUUCCUUAAAUACUGAAGAUAUUCUUGAUAGGAUUAUUAAUUGUGACAAUACCGAUGUUGAUAUAGGGACUCUGAGAGAGUUACGGUCUCAAAUAUUGGGCGAGCUCAAGCAAACUGGUGCAAAUGAAGAUAUUUCAGAUUUGAUUCUAAAAUCGUAUCGAAAUAAAGGCAAGAAGAUUAAACCUAAAGAUGUGGAGGAAGGAGAAUUAUCUGACAGUGAAAGCGAAGCAAUAGAACACAUUUACGGAAGUUUGGUAGUAGUUGAUAGUGAUAAAAAGACUAAAGAUGAUAAAUUGGCAACAAGUACUUCAAAGGCAUCUGCCAAAAAUACAGAUUCGCGUAAAAUUCAAAUUUGUCUUGUUAUUUCAAAUAAUGAAGGCGACAAAGCCCUAGCGAGCGUCCCAACCGAGACAAGCGCUAACCCUCCAGUAUCAAUUGUGAGCGAUCAAUCUAGCGAGCAUUUUGAAGAAGUAUUCCCAAAACCGGGACCACCAUCAUCUUUUGAAUCACCUUUUAAUACUUUCAAUUUGUCUUCAGAUGUGCCUUCUAAAGAGGAGGAAAUUGAAAAUAAACAGAAAAGCCCUGCCAAAAUUGCUUCCGGUAACAAAAGUUCGACUAUUGUAAGUAAUCAAUCGAUUGUUAAUAUAGAACCACUGGACCUAAACGAUCAAACAAAAAGCAAUGAAACGGUUCCAUCGGUUCUAAUUGAUAAAGUAGAAACAAUUGAUAAAACUGAAACAGUCAAACCCGUCCUAAUUGAUAAAGUUGAAACUGUAAAGGAAGAUAAUAGAGCUAACUUUUACAAACCCAUAGAACAAGGUGACAUUGAAAAACCUAGAGAAAAGUUGUCACACAUUACACAAGACGUGAAAAAACCAGAAGAAAAGCCCGAAGAAACUAAAGUGGCUGAAAGUCAAGAAAGCUUGCCACUCGCACCUGAAGAUUACCUAAAACUGACUUGUGAGUCUAAUGAUGAAGAUGAUAAAUUACAAGAUUCUUCAUUUCUGACUACUGACGAUAAUACCACACAUAUACCUUUCUUAUCCGAUCCGCCUCCAUACAAACCACCGCCAGUGCCACGCAAGGAAAAUAAAGAGUCUGUAUCUGAAAUCGACAUCCUACAAGCUCUCAAAAAAGAAAUCCUAAGUGAGACUAUACCUGGAGCUGAAAGCGUCACACCGAAUUUGCACCAACCAAAAAUAUUAACGAAAGUUUCCAACGCACAAGAUAUCGCCGCUAAAAAGAAAAUAUCGCUGGAAAAUUACAAAAAAAAAUCUGUGCAAAAGCCCAAGGAAACUCAGAUUUCUAUUACAAAAGACGAUUCAGAAAAACUAAGUAGAGCAUUAACAGCUAAAGAAUUUGAACGUUUUAACAUUACUGGCCUAGCUAUCGACAGUGAUAGCUCUGAUGAUAAUAAGGAAGAUGACAAUGAUGUGUCUUUGAGUGACAUCUACGGUGAUUUAGACCCUCGUUCACCUGAAAAUGAAAUAAUAACAGAUGACAUAAGUGAAUCUCCGGUAAUAAUUCCUGAUGAGCCUGUUAAAGCACCUUCUGUUGCCCCGUCAGAUGUUGACAUGAGAGUCGUGCCGAAUGCACCAUCACAUAGUAUCCAAAAUCAAAAAGACCUUGGAAACACGAUUAAGAAAGCCGAAGAGGUUAAACCUGUCGAACCUCGGAUAGAUCCGAGAAAAAGAAAAGAUAUGAAUACUUUAUUGAAUAAAGAACCUAUGAAUUCUCCUCAAUCAAUCAGUCAAGUCAAUCCUGGUGGAACACCGCGGCCACUUAUGCAAAACUUACCCAAUAUGACUCCAAGUAGAGCUCCAAUUAUGACACCGAAUUCUAGAGCUUUCGAGAUGACACCUACACCACAAUCUUUUGAGGUCGAAGAACAGACUAAAAAACACGUUUACGCACCUUUACCAUCUUGGGAGCGUGACGGAGAAAGCUCCAAAGAUUCAAAUAAUUCACGAUGGGAAUCACACGAGUCGCGCGGCGGCAGGGAGGGCUCCGCGCGGCCGCGCAACCGCUGGAACAAUGAGCGUGAUGACAAGUUCGCUCGGCAAAGGGACCCUCGCUUGAACCUCGACAGACCAGAACGAUUAGAUUGUCCAUCUACCCCAAGCCAUUACUUUGGUAGAGGUGACUACCCCACAACACCUAGUCAUCCUUUUGGCAGAUCUGACGGUUCCAUGACACCAGUACAUCCAUUUGGAAGAUCCGAUAUGGGAUCGUCUACGCCGAGACACUCGUUUGGAGGCGGGGAUGGUCCAUCUACCCCUGUUCACCCAUUCGGAAGGGGCGAUAUGACCCCAUCUCAUGCCUUCGGUAGGUCCGACUAUCCUGUGACACCUAGUCAUCCGUUCGGGAGGUCGGAUUGCCCCGCCACCCCCAGCCACCCUUUUGGAAGAUCGGAGUCUCUGAAUGCCCCGAAUCGUCCGUUUGACCGGUCCGACUGCCCUCCCACGCCCAACCAUCCUUUCGGUAGAACUGGAGGCUACGACUCAAGAAACAACCGACGAGGUUACGAUGAGGAUGAUAGAGGUUAUAAUUACCGAGAUCAUAAAACUUCGAACUAUAAGCGAGGUGGCUUUUACGGUAACAAAUCUCGUAGACCCUAUGCCGCAGAAGAUUCACAACACAGGUAUUCAGAUGCUUAUGAUGAUCGCGGUGACGCAAGAUCCGAUAAUUAUUCUCGUGAGUACAACGCUGGGCGAUCAGAUUAUAACCGCUACGCUCAAGAUCCCAGUGUCGAUCAACAUUAUGGUAACGAGGGCUUCAGAAGAGAAGCCAGUGUCGGCCGAACGAGGGAGCACAGUGUCGGCCGCUUUAGGAAUUACGAGGAGCAACAUGCGUACCCUGACGAAUACCACCACCACCGCGGCAGAGGCCGGGACUCCCGCCGGGGACACCCACACAGAGAUAGGAGGGAAAUGGGAAACAUGCGUGAAAGAAGCGUUGGCAGAGGCAUGGGUGAUGAACGAAACUACCGCGCUAAUUCACGUGCCAGAAGUGUGGGUCGAACUUACGAAGAAAUGCCAGUUAAAACUGUGUCGGUGGAAUCUCACGCUGGUCGUUCCUUUACUAUCGAUACUAGUAUUAAUUCUACUUUCCAAGCAUUCAAACCAGAUGAUUCUUGGAAUUUAUUCGAUGCCAGAAGAAAACGAGCUUCAAGUGUUGGUCGGUCAAUAACUCGUGAGGGCAGCGUCGGUCGAGCUUUACUACCGAACCCUGUUCCAGCAGCACACCAAAAUCCAUUCACAAUAGAUCGAAGGUCAAACUUUAAAAGAGCACAAAGCGUUGGUCGUGACGUGGUACAGAAGGGUUCAGAACGUAGCUUUAAAGAUAUCAAAGCUGAUUUCGAGGCAUUUAAAGCUCGUGAAAUGAAAAGUAAAAACGUUAAAAUUCAACCAGAACCAGAACCUAAAAAGGCCAAUGAAACUAAAAAUGAAACUAUAAUUAUUGACCAAGUCCCUAAACCCCAAAGAAUAAUGAAGAACAGAGAUCCAAGAAACAGAAAAACUGAAUUAGAGGAAAAAGAAAAGGAGAUGCAAGCUAAGAAAGAUGCAUACUCACCAAGGAAGAAUCCGCGUGAUCCUAGAUUCCGGCGGAGCAAUGAUUCGCCAACAACAAAAUAUACUAAAAAUCCAUCACCAAAAAAAGAUAGCAAAUCAAGUCCUCGUGAUAAGAAACAUCACGGAAUCGUCUACACUAAUGAUAACAUUGCUAGAGGUAACAUCUUAGGUCCCGGAGCUGGAGUGAAAAAUUAUAAAAUACCAAAAAUAAAACGUCCCCCAGAAGAGGAAAAGGUGCCUGACGAACCUCAGCAACCUGAUAUUAAAGAAACUAAAGUACCUACACCUUCUUUAAAUGAGACAAAUGAAACUAAAAAGGUCAAGGAAGAUAAAGUCGCCCAAGCCGAUAAAGCAGAGAUUAAAAUGAAGAAAAAAGGAGUUAAUGAAAUAAGUACAACAUCGAAUACUGAUAAGGUUAUUAAGAAAAAAACUAUUGCUAAAAAAACCAUUGAACCAGAAAGAAAAAUUGAUGAAGAAGACAGAGUAUCUCCUAGAAGGACGAGGCGCGCUAAAAAAGCGGUGAUUUAUGACACAGAUUCUGAUGAUAAUACUUCAGAAACAUCUUCCACUAUAACUGUUGGUAAAAAUAUAUCGGAUCCUAAAGAUACAAAAUCUAAAGAUAUAUCUGAUCCUAAAGAUGGAAAAACUAAAAAUAAAGUUGUUGAGACUACGGAUAAUCAGGAUAGUAAUAGUAUGGACUUCUCUUUCGAUCUUCCUGAUGCAGAAAUUGAUUUGUUUACAGAUAACAUUGCAUCAGACACUGUGAUAGAUAAUAUAAAUGAUUUGAUCGCCGGACUUGAUAAGGACCUACAUAGUACUAAAGAGUCGGAUUUAAUAAACAGCCUUUCCAAAAACGAUGUGUUCGAUAAUCUGCUGAAUAGCCUUACUGAUUCUGAUAGCACGAAUUUACAGAUUGACUCACAAGAAUCACAAGAUUCAACAUCAAAGAACUCUAUUGAGGAAAGAAAUGAAAACGAAAAAGUUACAGAACAAACGCAUACAAGUGACGCUAAUCAAGUAGAAGCUUCUGUUGAAAAUGUAGAGACAGGAAAUGCAGAACAUAGUAAAGAUGAAAAAGAAUCUAAAAACGACAUGUCUGAUUCUAUUUCUCAAGCUAAGGUUCCAGAUAAUAUUGAAGUAGUGUCUACUUCGGUCCCAGAAGAAAAAGACACGCAGAAAAUAGAAGAAAACAUUGAGUUAACUCCUGUAUUAAGCAGUGAAGCAUGUUCAACUCCCGAUAGUACAAUAAACACUGAAGAAAAUGAAACAGAGAGUAAACUUACUCAGGAUAUACCUGAUAGCACUAAUACACAACAAACAGAAAUGAAUUCCGAUAUAUCGUCCACUCAUGAUACAACUGAACAGCCCACCACAGAAACAUCGGAAACUAAAACUGAAUCCGCAGCGACCGCGGCGAGUGCUGAUUCGCUUGGGAAUAUACUAUCAAUACUCAACAAUAAGUCCAGAAUAAAAGAGUUGUUAAGCAUGCUGGACAACAACGCCGACAGCGAAAAGCUUAAAAAGAAACUAGAAAAACUCAGUGCGAUUGUGUCUGAUGAUGAAGACUCUGAGAAAGAGGUUGAAGAGUCUAGUAAAGUUGAAUCAGAGAUGGAACAGCAAACAAAUGAAGAUGAUAAUAAAAAAACAAAUGAGGAUGAACCUCCUGUCGAAAAUGAACAAAAACCAUCUGAAGCUGAUGAGGAAAAGGCAGAAAAGGGUAAAGACGAGGCCUCUGUCGAAAAUGCAAACGAAAGUAAAGACUCUGAAGAGACUAGCCAGCCUCUUGAUAAAAUUGAGAACAAAGACGAUGAGCAAGAAAAAACUACUGCAGAGCUUGACCAAAGUAUUACAGAUGAUGACAAUGAAUCGAUUGCGUCAAAAACUAAGAGUCAAGUUAAAAAGGUGACUAGAAAGACCAAAGUAGUAUCGAAAGGAAAAAAAAUAACACGUAAGGGGCAGAAACGUGUAACUAGGUCUGUAGCCAGCGCGGCUCAAAAACCUAAACCAACGAGAAAACGAGGGAAAAGGGAGUUGGAACAGUUGCAAGAAGAUAUAAGGGAUAUGUUUAUUAGUAAUGACGUUAUAAACGCAACAGGAAUACGAAUGUGUCGGUUGGCAAAGCUAGUAGAAGAGAAGAAAAAUCUUUCCGACACAUCUCCCACUAAAAGCAUUGAGGAUCCUGCGAAAGAUCGUGAGCCUGCAGGUCCCGUGGUAGUUAUAGAGAAGAAAAAUCUGACAUCGGCAUUAGCAAACCCAUCGACAUAUUCUGGUAGAAAGCGUGGACGUAAAACUAAUGCUGAAAGAGCGACAUUGAAGAAUGUAUCGCCAGAGAAACCACAACCCGUGCAGAAAAAUAGGCCGGGGCCAAAAUCUAAGACCAAACAGCCGCCAAAACAUGAAAUCGAGGAUCCGUAUGAAUUUGAAUCUGAUUCACUCUCUGAAAGGGCGCCGGCCAGCGAGAAUUCUCCUUCCAACUCUGAGUCUGACAGUGACUCCAUGGAUUCUUCACAGAGCAACAGCUCAGACUUGCUCGUCGAACUGAAGACGAAGUCCAAACGAAAACGACGCAGCUGGCAACUUGGAGUGAUCAAAUCCAAGAGAACCAAAAAGAAGUUAAGUAAAACAAUUGAUAAAGAAGAGGUAUCUGAACCAGUCGUGUCCGAAAUAGCGAAGCCGGCAGUACUCCCAGACAUGAACUGCUUUACAGACAAAACAUACUGUUUCAUCAAAACGGCUAAAGUGUAUCCGUGCCGCCUGUGCCACUUCGAGGGAGAGGCGAUCGUCAGUCACUACAAGAAAAAGCACCCGCACUACGAGAUCCCACUAUCACGGAUGAAUCCUCAAAUAGCCAAGAAAGCAAUCAACCAAUCAAUGAUAACAAACUUCUCAGAGAUACGCACGAUUCCAAUAUACCAGUACAUUUGCCGGUUCUGCUCGAAGGUGUUGAGCGACAAGCGCGGGCCCGGGCCCACGGACGCCAAGCGCAAGUCCGUGCUGGAGAGCUUCUUCUGGCACGUGGUGAGCACGCACACCGGCGAGUACAAGCAGCAGUGCUCGGACUGCACGUCGGAGCGGCGCUGCACCUUCAUGCUGGACAUACCGCCGCCGCCGCGCGCGCCGCACGGCCUGCUCAUGGGCUACAUCUGCGGCAAGUGCAACUACACGCAGGUCUCGCUCGAGAACCUCAAGAACCACGUGUCCUUGCGCCACAACGACGAGGAGACGGAGGUCUACACCAUCAGCCUCAGCGUCAUGACGCUCGCCAUGCUCGACAAGCUGAAGAGGUCCAGCGAAAGUGAACCUCGCACUUUGAGAAGUUUAAGGUCUAAGAAUACUGUGGAAAAUGAGGAUCAACAGGAACCGGCCGCGGCUGAGGUCGAUGAGCCCGAACCGGAGAAGGAGGAAUCAGAUAAAGAGGAGCCGGAGAAAGAGGAACCGGAGAAAGAGGACCCAAAGAAAGAGGAACCUGUGAAAGUACCACCUCGACGACGUAAACCGGGGCCUCGCUCCGUGCAGUCCAGAAUUAACUUUGAAUCAGAUAACGAGACCCUUGAUACUGAUACCGUCGUGAAAAGCGAAACAGAUGAUAAUGAUGAUGUACCCGGCGACUUAGACGACUCGUUCGACGAGCACAGAGACCCGACACCCCCACCCCCCGCGGCGGUUGAGCCACCCCCGCCUCUUGUCGAGGAACCUGUGCCCGCGCUGGUCGCCACUAAACCAGAUACAGAUCCUGAUCUGAACGACAAAGACCCUGAAAUCAAUGUGGCCAGUGACGUAUACUUGCUCCCACACUUCAAGAUUAGUUACACAGACACCGGAGCUAAAGAGUACGUUUGUUGCAUUAACGGAGAGAAGCACUACACGACCUCGCUCCUCAUAUCCAUGAAGCGGCACAUACAGCUCAAGCACGGGAAGGAGUUUUGGGAUGGAUACUGCUCGAUGUGCAAAGUGAUCAUCUUGCCGCAAGGCUGCUACUCGUUCAAAGACUGCUUGACUCACAUGCUGGACGUGCAUUCGGAUAAUUUCCCGACAGUCGAGGCAGCUCCAGUCGAGAAAAUAGAACCUCAAGUUCCGGCGGCGUCGUACAUAAACGUGCGGCCAAUAAGCGACCUAGUGCAGCCCGACACACCGCUCGACGAAGAACUUGCGAUGCCAAAGAUUGCAUGCGUUAUGAGCUUAAACUCUGAAGCAACAGUCCAAGCGAAGCCACCGAGCAUACCAACCGAUGUCAGUCGUCCGACAACGUCUAAACCGACUGAAAAAGUGACAACCGUAAUAUACGAAGAGCACCAGAUGAAGAUAGUGUCUGAAAAACACCGCAUCAUUCUAGACCUGAUGAUGUCUUCGGAGAAGUUAGCCCACGUGUUCAAGUGCGGCGGUCGGUUCUGCUCCUUCACGAGCGACUCUUUAGAAGACGCGUUGCAACAUGCGUCUGCGCAUCAGAGGCUGGGCGGAGAGAACGCAUUAGUUUGCGCGUACUGUUCAUUCGACGCGGGGGGGAACGCCAUAGAUUUAGUCUCUCAUGUGUUCAAGGAGCAUGGAAGCUGUGUGUACUGUUGCAAGUGGUGCUUCUACCGCGGGUUCUCUGGGCCGCUGGUGGAGGCGCACUGCGGGCGGCGGCACGCGGGGCGCGGGGGGGCGGUGCUGCGCGCGCGGGGGGCGCCGGCCUGCGAGGGGGCGGAAAACGACGGCCUCAUGUCGAGGCAGGAGGCGGUGAAACACUACGUGUGCUCGAUCGGUAAGUUGGACAGGAUCUGCCGGUUCCGCACCUACACCGUCAAGAAGUUUCUGGAGCAUUACGAGCAGAAGCACCUCGAUGUCACCUCGCACCCCUGCAAUGAGUGCUCGUUCAUCGGCGUGAACCCGGCCAGCCUGGUGAAGCACCUCGAGUCGCACGGGCUGCGCGCCUACCAAUGCGCGUACUGUGCGCACGGCGCCGCGCAGGAACAGGACAUGUUGGCGCAUGCGUCGCAGGCACACCCGGAUAAGGUGCCCAGGGCGUAUUUGAGGCAUAUCGUUGAGACUAAGGAGGGCGCAACAGUAUCGAAAUUCAAGGUUCUCCCGCUCGUGAACAUCACUAAGAAGGACGCCGUCCGGCCCUACGACGUGUCGGCGGCCUCCAAGGUGGAAGACCCAGUGAAGGAGGCCGAGAGAGCCCUAGACUUGGAGAAGCUCAUCGGAAGAACCUCUCAGAGCGCCCACAGCGAAGCCAGGGCGCCGGACCAGCCACGGGAUGUACCAGAGGAAACUCCUGAGCCAAUAGAGACUACUCCUGUUGAAGAAACCCCAGUGGCAAAGCCCAUAGAGCCUCCCAAACCCGCCACACCGCCGCCUGAAGAGCUGCCAUUGACGGACCGAGCCACGCCCAAACUGAAGACAGAAGUGGCGGAGCCAGCCACCCCCCCGACCACUAGAAAGAGGGCGGCCGAAGUUGUGGUGCUGGACAGCGAUGAUGAGGAAGAUAGUAAGAAACAAACUGCUGAGAAGCCGGGGAAACGAUCGAAAGACGUUGAUAUCGGUGACGUUGUACAGUCGUCGCAGCGCUACACGCGAGCGAAUCUAUACAAGUGCGGGAAGUGUUCCACUAUUCUCAAAACGGCUAAAGGCUUGAAGCGGCACUACUCGUUCUGCUACACAAUAUCGGACAUGAUCCAGUGCGCGUUUUGUUCGUAUGAAACUCCGGCGGAUCUAGCCGCCAUGAUGUUGAAUCAUUACGCGGAGAGACACGGGCCGGAGGAGCGGCACGCCGCCGCCGCCGCGCCCGCCUGCCAGCUGUUCUCCGUCACCCCGCAGCCCGCGCCGCCGCCUGUACAGCGCGCUAAGCGCAAGCGAUCCUCCACGGAAGCCCCUCCACCACAAGCCAAACUAAAACGCUACGAUCUAACUAAUCUUCCGCACAACCAGAUAUUCGAUGAAACCGCCCAGUGCGCUCUAUGCGAGUUCACAACGAAAGUGCGUCAAAAUCUAGUCCGCCAUUUACAGCUGCACAGCCAGCGGCGCGCGGUCCCGGACUCGGCUCCCGUCAACCCUGUACCUCAUCUGGAGACUAAUGAGAUGCACUUCGACCGCAUGGUGAACCUGGCGUCGUCGUCCGUGGCGACCCGCGAGCGCGCCGCCGACCCCGCCGUGGCCGUGUACGUGGCGCCCGAGCUGGCGGCUCGCUACCCGCGCUACGUGCCCGAGCGGCAGAGGUAUGCCUGUGGGGCUGCCGGCUGCUCCUACAUCUCUAUAGAUGAAGCCAUGCUGAAGUGCCACUGGGAGACGCUGCAUGCCGGCUCGGGGACCUACCACUGUGUGCACUGCCCCGCCAGCCAACAACUAGAUACCUCCAGACCUUUAACCGCCCCUAGAAUCCUCGCCCAUCUUCACAUGCACGAUGUGAGGCUGUUUGGAUGCACGGCGUGCCCCUACUACCACCACCAGCAGUAUCUAGUGGAUAAACAUGUGCGGGAGAAGCACGCGGGCGCGGGCAGCCUGCGCGUGGUGCGCGGGCCGGCCUCCACGCCGCCCGCCCCCGCGCCGCCCGCCCCCACCAUGGACCUCAAGCCCUGGCAGUGCGGCCUCUGCCAGUUCAAGAGCAUGCUGAGACCCGAAGUCGUCGACCACUGUUCGAAAACGCAUCAGUCCAAAUUCCAGUUUAAAUGCGCGUUCUGCCCGUGGCGCACGUCCACGCUAGAAAACGUCACAAAGCACCACAAUAACUCGCACGCGGGGCAACAAGGGGAGGUGUUCUACUUCUACUACAGAGAGGGGAGCAUCCCGGACGAAGCGGACGGCACGCCGCGGUGGAGGCGGCAGCGGGCGCGGGCCGGCCUGCCCAGCGAGCCCGAGGUGAAGGCGGACCCCGAGCCGACCCCCGCCCCCGCGCCCCCCGCGACCCCCGCGACCCCCGCCGUCGACCUCAACAUCGUCAAGAGCGAAGUAGAAGACCCAGAUGAACUGUCUAUAGAAGCGCUAUGUGCGAAGUUCGGUGCGUUCUGCGAGCCCAACGGCAUCCGGUACAAGUGCUGCCUGUGCGGCGCCUGCGAGGACUCGCGCGGCGCCAUGACGUCCCAUCUGUACGAGGAGCUGCAGUACCGCAAAUGGGGCUGUCGCAUAUGCAGCUACAAGGCGUUCCACAAGGAAGGUCUCCAGGAGCACGCUCGCUCAGAGCAUCGGUCACAGGCGGCACCGCUCGAGCUCGCAGCAGACGCAGGCGUGGAGCGCUGGGCCCGGGCACUGCUGGAUAGGCAGGAGCAGGUCAUACUGCAGAGGAGGGAGAGCUUCCAGAAGCAGCAUGUGCAGACUCCUGAGCAGAAGCAGGUGCAAGCCCCGGCCCCGCCACCCGAAGAGCCUAAGAAGAUGAGUAUGCAAGAGCUAGAGCAGGCCUUCGGGCCCUUCGGAGCGCCUAAACAGAUGAUGUUCGCGUGUCCCAAGUGCGACUACCAGGCGAAGGACGAGGCCAGCAUGCACGAACAUCUCGAGAUGGAGCUCAAUAAAGUUAGGUGGAGCUGCAGCCUGUGCCCCAUGAAGUUCCAGCACUACCACGAGGCGCAGCGGCACUGCGGGGCGCACGCGGGGGCCGCGGGGGGCGCGGGGGGCGCGGGGGCGGUGCGCGAAGCCCCGCGCGCCCCCGGCCCCCGCGCCGCCUGGCUGCGCGCCGCGCUGCAGGUGCAGAAGCUCACCAUGAACGUGCAGCCGGCGCCCGCCCCCGCCCCCGCGGCCCCCGCGCCCCCCGCGCCGCCCCCCGACAACUCCCUGCUGGUGGUGCGCUACGAGGAGGACGCCGAGCGCCGCGCCGACAGCGACGACGAGCGUCUCGUGAUCGACGAGCCCGCGCCCCCCGCCGCUCCCGCCGCGCCCCCCCGCCCGGCCGGCGCGUUUAGCUGCGCGUACUGCUCGCACUCCACCAACAGCCGCGGCGGGCUGGCCGACCACGUGCUGCGCCACUACAGCCUCAAGCCGUACCGCUGCGGCCACUGCGGGCUCAACGCGCACCUGCAGACCCUCGCGCGCCACCACGAGCGCGACCACCCGGGCCUGCCGCGCCGCGUGUCCCGCGUGCCCGCCCCCGCCGCGCCGCCGCCCGCCGCCGCGCCGCCCACCGCCGCGCCCGCCUCGCCCGCCGCCUACUGCCUCAUCUGCUCGCGCGCCGUGCCCCAGGCGGAAUGCGCCGCGCACGCCUGCCGCGCCGACAGCCAGCCGCAGCUCGUGCAGCCCGGCCAGCGCGCGCUGCAGUGCGCCACGUGCCUCAUCCGCCGCACGAGCAGCGCCGCCCUGCGCGCGCACCACGCCGCCGCCCACGCGCCCGCGCCGCCCGCCCAGCGCGCGCUGCGCUGCGAGCAGCUGCCCGACCAGGUGCUGUGCCGCCUGCGCCGCUGCGGGAAGGUGUUCACGACCAUGGCCGGGUACCUGGCGCACCACGACGACAAGCACGCGCCCACGCCGCCCGGCCUCGAGCGCAAGCCCGUGCUGCGCCUCGUGCCCGCGCCCGACGACGGCGACCUGACGGACGAGCCCGCCGCCGCCGUCAAGAGGGGCCUCGAGGACGCGGCGGAGCCCCCGGUGAAGCGCGUGGCCAGGAAGUCCACCACCAGGCUGCCGGCGCAGCGCGUGGCGCGCAAGUCCACGGCGCGGCUGCCGUGGCACGCGCCGGCGCCGGGCCGCGAGGCCGCCGGCGACUACUCGUACUACGGCGCGGCGCCGGCCCCGCUGGCGCGCUACGCCGACGUGCGCACGCACCUGUCCCUGCCCGGCAGCGCCACCCCGCUGCCCGUCACCGUGCGCGCGCUCGCCAACAUACUCGACAUCUGCCCCAGACUCGUGCUCAAGGACGCCAACACAGACAAACAGUAAACACAGUCAGACUGAAGAUAUAGUGAUGCAUGCAGUGGGUGAUUCCAAUUAGAACAGACUGAUUAAUGAUCGUUGAUUGUUAACUUAGAUGAUAUGUAAGUGUUAAUUAGAGCCAACAGUAUGUGGCAGUAAAAAAUCUGUGAUUCCUACAUUCUUACCUCUAAGGAUUCUGUAUAUAAGUAGGUAUAGUUACUCAGCUAUUAGUUAGGUAGGAGUUGAGAUGAUACAUAAUAUUCUACGUCUAUUUAAUUGUACGUACAUACCGUACAUAUUCAUAGAUAUAGACAGCUACAGUGAUUACAUUUCUGAUAUUAUUUUUAUAAUAUUACAUAGUACACAGUGUAAAAUUACUUCUUUACCCAGAACGUUAAUAACAGAAAUUAAUUUCAGUAUAAGCAGGUGUAAAAAUAUACUGAUUGAUUUAAUUGGCUUAGUAAUAUCCUACAUUUUGUUUCAAUUCUAUUUCAUAAUUUAUAAUCACCAAUUUGCAUUUUUCUCAAAGUAAGCGUUCGCUGCAUCAGUGAAUAGUAAAUGUAGCUGUUUUUUGUUCAGUCAGAAAAGCAUUUUGUUAAUUUUAUUGUGUGAGUCAUUAGUGUUUUUCUAGAAUUUAUCUAAUUAAAAGUUCCAUUUAUACAUAAUUAUUACCUAUUCCGUAAUAGUUAUAUUGAUCUUGUUAACUAUUGUCAACAAUUAAUAAUACGUCUAAUAUGACUGUUGACCGGUGAUUUUCAAGUUUAUUUGCCAAAUAAAUGUUAUUUAAGAUUUAUAUUUAAGUAAAAUAUUUUUUGUAUAAGGAAGAAA